AUGGCCACGGGGAAGGGCACCAGGAGGAAGAGGAGGCGACCAUGGAGAUGGAACCGCUCUCCGGCUGCGCAGGCGGUAGCGGCGGCGGCGGCGACGAGUCUCUUCUGCUUGGGCGGGUGGAUCUUGUUUCGGCGCUCCCUGGCCUCCCUGAGGAUCUUCUCGGCCGUAAUCUGGAUCGGCGCAGGGCAUAGGACGGCUUUGCCGGAUACCGCUGCCGGCGCCGCACCAUGUCCGGGCAGGGCCAUCGCAGCUGAAUCGAAGGGCCCCUUCCCCGUUGAAUCCGCCCUGCUCGUGCCGGAAUGGAGGCGUGGUGGGGGCAGCCGGCGUCGUGGGGAGACGAAGCGGUGGAUGGCGUCGUGCGCGGACGGCAGUUCCGUGGCAGAGAGACCGUGGCUGGGCGAAGCGCGCAGGCGGCGGUAUUUAGCGGGGCAGUUAGCGCGGCUAAGCGGAGAUAAGCGGGGCUAA